AUGGCGACACUAACCGGUUUUACAAGACUGUUUAAUUUUGCUACAAAUACCUGUAUAAGAAGAAUUCUUCCAGCUACAACGUACAAGCAAUAUUAUCCAGCACUGAAAUUAUGGGAAGUAGAAGUAGCUGCUUAUCGUACUCGAUACAAGUUACCUUGGUUUAAAGAACCACCAAGCUAUCAAGAAGAGGUACCUGAAGUUGAUGAAGAAAAAGAAAAAGCUGCUGCUGAUGUGCUCAGCGAAGUUAACAAACAAAUAGCUACCAACUCAACUGGCCGUUUAUUUGCAAUCAUAUAUUUAUGUGGAACACAAUUUAAAGUCACAGAAAGUGAUAUUAUAACUGUUGAAGGUCAAUGGCCACCCCAACCAGGAGAUAAAUUAACAUUAGAAAAAGUGCUGUUAGUUGGCAGUACCGAUUUCACACUUAUUGGAAGGCCUCUUCUGAAUCGGGAAUUGGUAUCAGUUGAUGCAACUGUUGUUCAAAAAACUUUGUCUCAUACAAUAACCCGUUUCAGAAUGAAAAGGAGGAAGCAAUAUCGCAGACUAACUUUUUAUAGAGUACAUAGAACGAUGUUAAGAAUAAACGCUAUCAACAUAAACGGGGAUGUUGAUAAAAAGAAAGAAGUGGAAGGACUAGAUAGAAUAUAUUAA